CUCAAAACAUGAUCAACAUCUUUGGGCAGUUCCCCGAAACGCUCCUGACACUUCCCGCCAUCCAAGUUCUUCUUUCGCCUGAGAAAUUUCACAAAAUCCGCUCUUUAGAACUAUCGUAUGUUGGCGAGGUCCGGUUCGUGGACAUGGACAGGCAUCCUGAGUGGGUUCAAGAUUGGGCCAGCUUUUGCACGAUACUAGCCAGCAUGAAAGGCCUUCAGCAUCUCCAGAUCUGGAUGGUGCUUUAUCGGGGUGAAGUCAAGGAGCUGCCUCCCGCCCAGGAAGUCGACUUUUUCACACCCUUACUAUCAAUCAAACGACCGCGAUAUUUCUCCGUGGAGGUGCCAUGGAAGGCCAGUCCCAUCUCAGAAGAUCUCCUUCAGGAUGCGCCUUUUACCCUCGUGCGCACAGGAGCCAUCCCAAACCUGUAUGGUGUUUUGGGCUGCAUCGGCUAUUACCAUGUCGGAUCAACAACAGAGAAUGAUGACCGUGCCAACCGACAAAUAAAGGCGGCUGCGAGGAAGGCACGCCGGAAAGAGUUGCUUUCAUACCUCAAUCCGUUCAGGCACUGGACAGGCUAGAUGUCAACAAGAUGCCCGGAAUUAACCCUCAAGAGCAUAUCUCUUUGCUUAUGACAACCCCAUAUUUCCUCAUGAAUACCUCUGCGUGACGUUGGAUACCCG